AUGUGGCCUUUCUCAGCUGCAGCUUUGCUCUGCGGCUUGUUAACUAUCUCUAUCACAAGCGCAUACGGCGCUGCCUCUAAUGAUACGACCACAUAUGCUUCAACACGACUGGUAUUGCCCAAAAAUUUCAGCCCUCCCAAGGUUUUUAAGAAUAUCAACCUGCUCAGAAAUAUAAACCUUGAAAAGGGCUAUGUUCGGGAAACCGUCAAUGUUGUGGUAGAGAACACCGAUAAAGGACCGCAGAACCUGUAUUACCUCCCUUUUGCGACAGAUAUAAUUGGUAAGGUCGGAGGACUGGAGGUUCGAGAUAAGAAUGCGCUAGCGAAGGGCAAGUUUGAGGUGGAGGCUAUGGAGUUGUUGCCCUCGAGUCCGAUCCAAUACUUCAUUGUCCGUUUCCCACAUACACUGAAAUCCUCUAAGCAAAUAACCUUGAGUAUAUCAUACUACAUCCUCCAUGCCCUCGUACCCCUCCCAGCAUCUAUCGAGCAAGAGAGCAAUCAAUAUCUCACCUACACUUUCCCCGCCUACGUCCCCUCCGUCUACACAACAGAAAACCAAAAAACCAAAAUCAAAUUCCCAAGCACCAACGUACCAGAUUACACGCAAACCACCGGCUUGAAGACCGGCGCGGACCCCGAACUGCAAGGCAGCAUUUACACCUAUGGACCUUACAAGACCUCCAAAGUCACCCCCGGCACCACCGGUUCCCUUAUAACCGUCCGCUAUGAUUUCACCAAGCCAAUCAUAACCUGUACCCUCCUGGAACGGGACAUCGAAGUCUCACACUGGGGCGGCAACCUCGCAACAGAAGAGCGUCUGUGGCUCCGCAACAACGGCGCCCCGCUCUCCGGCCAUUUCUCCCGUGUCUCCUGGGCGAUGCAAUCCUAUCAAAAACUCCCAAGCUCCUCCAUGGACGAGCUACGAGUGCCUCUGCGCCCAGGCUCCGUCGAUGCAUAUUUCAUCGACGACAUCGGGAAUGUCUCGACCAGCCAUUUUCGGCCAGGCUUGAACAAGCGCGAGGCCCUUCUGGAGCUGAAGCUGCGCUACCCCGUCUUUGGCGGGUGGAAAUACAGUUUCCGCAUCGGUUGGAAUAAUGACUUGUUCCGCUUCCUGCGCAGAGUGGGUGGGGAGUCGUAUGUGCUUAAGGUGCCCUUCCUCGAGGGCCCGAAGACACCCGAGGGCGUGCAGUAUGAGAAGGUCAAGCUGCGUGUGAUUCUUCCUGAGGGCGCAAGGGACGUCAAGUAUGAGCUUGUUGACGGGGUUGGGAUGCCGUAUGCGGUUGAGUCGGAGGUUGGGUUGCUGAGGACGUUUAUGGAUUCGGUGGGGAGGACGGUGUUGACGCUGCGGGCGACGAAUGUGGCGGAUGAGGCGAGGGAAGGACAUAUUAUUGUGACAUACAAGUACCCCAAGCUUGUGAUUUUGCGCAAGCCACUGGUGAUUGCGACAGGGCUGUUCAGUGUAUUUGUAACAGUGUGGCUGCUGGGUAAUUUAGAUAUUAGCAUUAAAAAGCGGUAG